UUUACGUGUAUUAAUUUCUAUAAAAAGUGAAAUAUGAUUCUUAUCUGAACCGUACUCCAAAAAACCCCAAAGCUAUUUUACAUAUAUAUAAUUGUUCUUUUAUAAGUACAAAACCUAUCACAAUUGUUAGGGAAAAAUUCUUUAAAUUGAAAGUUUUUCAAAAUUUUUAACACAGGUCCGGUCCUGGAGAAAAGUUGAAAAAGAAUAUUUGAAGGUGUGAAGUGGAGCUUGACUGCUUCACCCUGGCUCGGAUAAAGCAACGAACAAACGCAUUAGUUGGUUUGUUGAGGUGGUGCGACUGAUGGCCCAGGGGACGAUAAAGAGGGAAUGGGGCGAUGAUUACGUGGUUACGUAGCAGCAGCAGCAGCAAGAGAAGCAGUAGUAGUAGUAGUAGUAGUAGUAGUAGUAGUAGUAGUAACUGAGGUAAUAUUGUUUAUUUAUUGAUUAUUUUUUUUACCCGUUCAUUUUUUCAUUCGCUAUUUUUUUUUUUUUUUUUUGUGAAAAUUGAGAGAAAUGUUUACUUUCUUAUUUAGCAAUUUGUUGAAAAGUGUACGCUCAUUAUCAAUACAUUUCCGAAACAUAAGAUCUCGUGGGACUUCUCAGAUUGAAAAAGAAUCCCGUCAGCCUGCAAACUGUACCUAAUUAGCUCUUUCGGCAGUAUCCAGCAGGCCGCCACUCAGCCGUGGUAUCAGCGGUGUGCCAGGUUGAUUUCCCAUCGUAGUACACAGAGCGGAACGCAGAAUUGGUAAUCGUAUUGCUCUCAUGGAUAGACCGAACACAGUGCAUUAAUCACUACCUGAAAAAAUCAAGUACCUAAAUUUGUUUAGUUGUUUAGCUACUUUGUUGGUUUUUAAAAGAGAGAGAGAAACUUGUAUGUAAAUUGUUGUUUUUGAUUAAGUAUUUAAAUCCCAAAGUAAAAUAUUCAUCCAACUUUAUGCAACAGUUCUGAAUAAUGAGUUGAGGGUUGUCAGGCAGCACACACUGAAGCAGUCCACCAGGCCAGUAAGGGCUCUACUUAAGUAAGAAACAGAGCUUGUGAAUUUGAUGCCGACGUGUGAAGCGAAAACAAAUAAUCAAUUAGGAAAUACUAGUAGUUAGUAAAGACGGAACAGUGAAACACAAAGCUGACGAAUAAAGAUGUGUAUUGCACGGUACACCACACCAGGAUGUGUAUUGCACGGGUACAGGACGCGAGGAGCACAACACCAGCACCAACACCACCACCAAUACUAGCAGCAGCAGCAGCAGUAGAAGCAAGACCCAUACGUUGUACAUGAAGGGACUGCGUCACACACACACACACACACACACACACACACAGUGUUAAAGGGAUGGAGGUUUCCAUCGUUAUUCAUAUGCCAAUAAAACUAAGAUGUGCAUACAAAACACAGACACAUGCAUUAUUACUGGUAAUACCACAGUUUCAUAGCAAUAAACACUCAACAUUUUCCAAAUAAUUUACAAUAAUUCACAUCAAGGUGAAAGAGUCUGCUGUUUAGUCUCACGAGCAGAGGUCGAGCAAUCGAUUCUAGUCUUUCGAGAAACUUAUUAGCACCUUGACAGCACAAACGCACUCAUUAUCUGUUCACAGUCAGAGACGCAUAGAGGUAUAAAAUAAAUUUUUGUAAAGUAACGUAGAGCAUUAUGACUUUCAACAGGCUCCUCCUGUCGUUGGUGAUACUUUACCUAAGUGAACCCGCUUCAGCGUCACUCAGAAACACGAAACACCGGAGAUGAUUACAUUAAUGAACAUGCAACCGACGAUGAUGUUUGAGCACCAUGCAGACUGUGGUCAUAAUGACUUCUAAAGAUCUCUAAACUUAUAAAAAUCACAAGGAGAACAAAUGAAAAACGUAAAUGGUGGAAUCCGCUUCAAAGCUGGGACGAAUCAGUGUUAUAUUGUGACUCGAAACACGGAGGGAACGCUCUUUCUCAGUUAUCGCGGCGUCGUGUGUGAGGCGGGAGUGAAUGGGCGUCUUCAUUUCCUUUGUGUCACGUGCAGCCUCGUCAGGAUAUACCAGCACAUCUUACGUCCUGAGGGGAGGUCUUCACGUGUGUCCGUCCCUAGAGUCCGGUCGAGUUGAACGUUAGUGCGGCAGUCUCUAGAUAAAUUAUGAAAGGGGAAUAGACACCAAAAAGGAAGAGUGCCCCACUUGAUUAGCACGUCAGCUAGGAAACAAUAUAAGUGGACUCCAAACAACAGCAAGCUUUGAGAUUCUACAUAAGCCACGUGGCGCAAUGGUGCCUCAACUGCAGUAAUAUAGGAAACUAACAAUAUCGUAAUGGAAAAGGUUGUAAUAUAUUUAUGCUGUUGUUUUUUAUGAGCUUUUUGUCUCUUUUCGAUAUAUUGCACGUAACUAUUGUGUCCAUCUUCAUUGACUUGGCGGACAACCAGCAUACCACUCGUCUUACGGCGGUUACAGCUUCCCCAGGCGGCCAGCCAUCACCAGAUCGAGCUCGCUGGCUUAAUAAUUGACCUCUCGACGUCCACAAGCCACGCCCACACCCCGCCGCGCCGCCCACCGCCCGCUCCGGCCCUAUCAUUGGGUGCUGCCUCCUCUCCGGGGAUGUACGACUAAUGUUAAGUGACAAAGUAAUGUAUUUGUCUUAAAUCGCAACUGCUAUCUGAGUGUUAUUCUUUGUUUUGAUUACUUAUUUUGAUGUCAAGUUGGUGCUAAAUGGAAAGCACGCCUCACUGGUCUCGGCUUAUCGCUGUGUGGGAUGUGCCUGGAGGGCGUGCUGGUUUGCAGGCAUCGCGCGUGUGGCAUGUGGCGGGUGUCGCUAAAAAGACUAUCCUCCAGCACCACGUGUUGGAGGUUUCAGUGUGGCAUUACCGUGGUUAAGGGGUGUAGUGAAGCUGUCCUCGCCCCGCGCCGUGACUGGGAAACGUGGACUUCGUAUUACGUAUUACGAGUCCGCCAAGUCUUGAACUACUCCGAAGGAAAAGGUUACAAGAUACAAAGUGCUUCAGUGAUUAGUUCUCUCAGUUCUUGCUGUCGUUUGGACGCCAAGAAAAGUUAAGUACUGCUGACUCGAGUUCUUCCCCCGAGACGUCCAUUCAUCAAGGUUGUGACUGCAGCAGGAAAGUCUCUGAACUGAGUCAAACUAAGACCAUCCUGCAAGAGAACGUGUUUCGAAUUCAAGAAAAACACGUGCGACUUCACAAGGCUGCCUCUUAUUGUUUCCUUAUGAUAACAAAGAAGAAAACACAACUGUAGCUGACCUUGUUGGGAAUCUUUAUCCCAUUUUAUUCUUCCUUUUAGGUAAAAUGAUGUCUGCCCUUGUGUCUUUCCUUUCCUCUGAGCAAGAAAUACGAGAGUGAAUUGCUACUCUCAAGCGCUCCUAUGUUGAUUCAAUUCGUCAAUGUGGAGUCUUGGGUGUGACAGAAGCACAUCAAACUUCAACAGGAAAUAAAAUCUAGUCACAGAAGGGAAGAAGCAGAAGAAAUCCUACUACAGAAAUGUUUGGUAACAAUUGAAAAGAAAGACUAAAUACAGAGAAAAAAAGCAUCACUACUUCGAGGACAAGGAUACGUCUUCUUACUCAUCCAAACAAACCCAGCACAUUAGCAACCCACAAAAAAGAAGGAAAUUAAGCUAAAUCAAGAAAGGAACAAAUAAAUAACGGAAAAUAAUAAACAAAACAAGGAAGCAAACACUAGCCUCACUUAUUCCAAGAGGCACUGUUCCUUUUUUUUUUUUUAGAGGAUUGAAGAAAAGGAACAAUCGAAUUCUUGACCAGAGUUGCGCGGCAGGUAAAAACACUCCACCCACCUGCCUUCCUCCACCUCCUCAACCUCCUCCUCCACACCGCCACCAUGUACGGCCUGGAGAACGUAAACCUGGAAGCAGUGAAUCGCCAGUGGAUGUGUUCGAGCAGCUACCUGGAGUGGGACCUGCCAGCCUCCACCUCCCCGCCUGACCCAGCCUACCCCGCCUCCUCCUGCUCUCCCUCCUCCUCCUCCCCUUCCUCCGCCUCCGCCUACUCCUGCCCCCCUACCGGCACGGACCCCUGGGCGCCCUGGGCCUCGCCACACAAGACACAACAGGAGGACUCCCUGGUGGUGUCGGGCAUCCGGGAGGGACGGCGGCGGCGGCGCGUGUGUCCCAUGGCGCAGGUGAGGCAACGGCAGGCGGCCAACAUGCGGGAGCGGCGACGCAUGGCCUCCAUCAACGACGCCUUCGAGGGCCUGCGGGCACACAUCCCCACUAUGCCCUACGAGAAGAGGCUGUCCAAGGUGGACACCCUUCGCUUGGCUAUCGGGUACAUCACCUUCCUCUCAGACAUGGUGGAGACUAACCCAUCCCUCCAGACGGGCAGCCACGCGAACAGCAGCAGCAGCGGGAACAACACCAACAGCAACAAGAUCGUGGUGAAAAGUUCCGUUGCCACAUUGGUGAUGUGAUGAGACGACAACUGGCGACACGAGUUGGUCUUUGUCGGUGGACAAUAUAAGAAGGUAAGUGCCAUCACCCCACCCUCCACGCUCCCAUUGUAGCCUACAGAGUACAUAACUACCGGUGUCACUAGUCAUGUUACUUAUCACCACUACGUAUUACAUACUAUUGUUGGUACGUACUAUAUACUACAACAAAUACAACUACUACUGCUGCUGUUACGUACAUACCACUACAACAAAUACAACUACUACUGCUGCUGUUACGCACAUACCACUACAACAAACUGCCACCACCAUCACGCCGUCACGUUAUAAGUAUGACAUAACAGCGCGUGAGUACAAAAGAAUCUCUCUCUCUCUCUCUCUCUCUCUCUCUCUCUCUCUCUCUCUCUCUCCAGUUUAGGUCUGUAUUACCUUAUGAAUUUGUAGCUACACGUUGAAUUUCUCUAUUCUUUUAUUUAGUUUGCUUCAAACAUUUGUCAUAUUUUACAAUCCAAUUUACCAGAGACGGUCUAUAUUCCACGUUUUCAAUUUAAUUUUCAUUUGUGGUUAAUAGUAUAGUUCAUCCAUUGCUUCUCCCCUUUUAAUUUACUUAAUAUACCGUGUCAAUUGUUAAUUUUGCGUUAGAUCUAUUGAUUUAGUGAGUCUGCUAUUCUACUGACUUCCUGUUGCCCUUGCUUCUGAAUAUCUCCAUUCUCAGUAGGUGUUGAAGACUUGCAUUGAUAUUAUUUUCUCAUAUAUAUCUUUUGAUUUUUGCACCAUCGCCCUGGUGCCUCUCAAUUAUUUCUGCUAGAAUUUUGAAUACUCAUAGACCUGUCGUGGAUGACAAAUAUGUAGUCAGUGUAGCAAGAAUGAUCAAAGCUUUCUGUGUUGUAACACCUAUAUACACUUAUAAAUUCAUCUUUAUCUGAUAUUACAAGUUCAUAUUAUUUUUUAUUAUUUCUUGUCAGUAUCUUUAUUCCAGCUCCAUUGUUGUUCUCUAUUUUUUCUGUUGUUUUGUUCACACUGGUUAAAUGUAUCAGUGGAGGGUCUGGUUUAAUUUUGUUUCUGUUAAACAUAUUGUGUUUUCUUGACUAAUAUUUUUGAAUGGUAUGUAUCUUAGACUUAAGUUAGUUUUGAUACAAAAACCAUCUUCAUUGUAGU